AUGAAAACGAACAACAAAGUCAAGUUGUUAGGACUUGGUUUGUUGAUGACAUCUCUUGCAGUGUCAUUCUUUUUAUUUCAUCAAAAGAGAUUAUUUUCAUCUUUGAAUCAUUCUUUUCCAACAUUGAAGAGAGAAUUUCAGAAUUUCGGAACAACCAAUUGCAUGAUGCCAUUGAAUGUUACUGAAAAUGAUUUUCAAAUGUCAGCGUUGCCUUCCGAUGACGAAUUGACAGAGCUCUCCAAUGGCCUCCCUGUUCUAUUUCAAUCAUUUGUAAAUGUGGACGAGAGUGUGAAACAAUUUAUGAACAACAAGCAGCAUGAGGACAUUACACGAGAUGAAAUGUUAAAUUAUUUCGAAAUUGGAAGAAUUUGGAAAAGUAAUGAACACUCAACAAUCAAUGACCAAGAAAUUGGAGAACAAAGAAUAUCAAGUUGUGUCAAAAAAGUAGCAGACACUCCAUUCCGUUCAUUAGUCAUUCCUACGAAUUAUCUUGUGAAAAAUUAUGAGCAAGUGAAAACAAUUCUUUCGACAACAACGAUGAAUCAUCAUGCCAACGACAACCACCCUCAUCAUUCAUACAUUUUACGACACAAAGAUAUAAAUUCCUUCUGGGACAAUGAUUAUUCAACAAUUUUGGAAAACAAAGCCAGGAAAAUGGUUGGAGACUCGUGUUGGAAUUCGAAAUUGGUGUUCUUUUCACCAAUGUGGCAAAUAUUUCAUUCGGGAGGUCCUCAAAAAGUUGGUGUGACACUCAUGUCAGCUCUCAAAUUCAUUCGAAAGCCUUUCAAAUUUAUUUACAACAUAUCAGAUCCAGAAUUGUUGCAAGCAGAUGUCAUUUAUUCGUACAAUCCAUACAAGAAUGCUGAAAUUGUUCCCAAAAUUCUGCAAGCUCUUGAGAAAAAAAAAGCUAAUCCAAAUCUUCACAUGAUCGUUGGACCUGUGGUGGCUUUGGAUAUUGUUCAAAAUCAAUAUAGCAAAUUGGGUAAUCGUUUGACUUUUAUUACCGCCUCUCAUUGGGUCAAAAGUGAAUGGUAUGGACCUCAAUUACCCAACUCGACUCGAAUUGAGGUUCUCCCGACAGCAAUCAAUACGAAAUUAUGGUCACCUAACUUUGCUCCACCUCGAGACACACGUUUGAAAAAUGCUGCCACAACUCCUCAACUUGGUGCAUUGUUUCCAUUGAAAAAAGAUGUCCUCUUGUACUUGAAAAAUUGUCCAUUCGAUACGAAUCAUGUAAGAUCCCUCCUGAAACAAUCCUUAAGAAAUUCUUCUUCCCUAUUGAAAACAGAAUUUUCCUUAAUGAAUGACAAGCAUGACCUUUUCACAGCACCAGACAUUUAUGAAAUUUCCUAUGAACACAAAUAUUCUGAGGAAUACUUUUGGAAUUUGCUUCGAAACAAAAUUCGAUUUGCUGUGGUGUGUACUGCCUCAGAAACUCAAGGUAUUGCCUUACAAGAAAUCAUGUCCAUGAAUAUUCCUUUAUUGGUGUUAUGGAAACCAAACAAAUUGGUAUUCGAUUCCAAUUCUCCUUCGAAUUCUCAACACGAUCAAGACACUAAUAAGAAGAAUGAAGAAGAACCCAAACCAGCACCCAUUUCAGUGCCUUAUUUUGUCGAAGGUGUCACUGGAAUGAUUUGUACAGACUUGUCAAAAUUUUCACACAUGCUCCAACACUUAUUUAUUCCAAAAUUGGUGAGACACAUGUUUCAACCUCGAAAAGUCAUGGUCGAUUGGUUCAAUUAUUUUGAUCUUGCUGUUGAAUUUUUAAAAAUCACAUGUAGUAGAAAUUCCCAACCUGAUGCAGCAUCCAUGAACUCACAGACCACACGAUUUGAAACCUUUUCAAAUUAUUUAAAUAUGGUAAGAAAUAUUCAACACGAUUUUAACAACAUGGAAAUGCAGAGGGUGGGAGAAACAUGA